AUGAAAACUAUAAGACCAGCAAAGCAUUUUGCCUCAGAGCUCAUUUACGCCUUUAUUCUCGGCCCGAGAACAAGCAAAGAUGAAACUCCAAGAAGAGAAGCAAAAAAAAAAACGAGAAAGGAGAAGAGGAAAAAUUUCGGUGAUGAUAAGAUAAUGAGCGGAAUUUUGCAUGCUUUUGGCCUCGUUGCUAUGUGUCGAUGUUUGGUUCGUGGCAGUCUUGAAGUCUUCGAUUUGAAUAUUCAAACAAUUUCCGAUUAUGUAAAAUGUCAAAGAAGUUCGCUGCUCUGCAUCGGGGAACGUAAACAAGAGAUUAACUAA